UGUGCCCCAGUGGAGCUGCUGCUUUAGCCACCUUCCCAUUUCCGGUCAGCUCCCUGAGAGCGUUAAACAACUGGCAGCUCCGGCUCGGGUUUCCGUUGAGGGGGCCGCGGUGCGGGCCCCUGGGGCGGGAUGUUCCGAGGGCUAGGUAUUUGGUUUGGCUUGCCGCAGCCGGAGGCAAAAGACGAGCAGGCCCAGAGACGCGAGCAAUCCACGGGAGACGCUUCCAAGCGGACCCCGGAAUCGGAGAAGGAGGCGGAGUCCGCCGAGCUGGAGCAGCCUCUAGACGGAGAACAGGAGCUCCUCCAGCAGGCCAAAGGCCUUGGCAAUUAUCUGUUUAACUUUGCAAGUGCUGCUACAAAGAAGAUAACUGAAUCAGUUGCUGAAACAGCACAGACAAUAAAGAAAUCUGUAGAAGAAGGAAAAAUAGAUGGCAUCAUUGAUAAGACAAUUAUAGGAGAUUUUCAGAAGGAACAAAAAAAGUUUGUUGAGGAACAACAUACAAAGAAGUCUGAAGCAGCUGUGCCCCCAUGGGUUGACACUAAUGAUGAAGAAACAAUUCAACAACAAAUCUUAGCAUUAUCUGCUGAUAAGAGGAAUUUCCUUCGUGACCCACCAGCUGGUGUGCAGUUUAAUUUUGAGUUUGAUCAGAUGUAUCCAACUGCCUUGGUCAUGCUGCAAGAGGAUGAGCUGCUAAGCAAGAUGAGAUUUGCCCUCGUUCCUAAAUUGGUGAAGGAAGACGUGUUUUGGAGAAACUACUUUUACCGUGUCUCCCUGAUUAAGCAGUCAGCACAGUUGACCGCCCUGGCUGCCCAGCAGCAGGCCUCUGGAAAGGAAGAGAAAGGCAAUGGCAAUGAGGAUGGUUUGCCCCUGACAGAGGCAGUACGGCCCAAAACGCCACCUGUCGUAAUCAAAUCUCAGCUUAAAUCUCAAGAGGAUGAGGAGGAAAUUUCUACUAGCCCUGGGGUUUCAGAAUUUGUCAGUGAUGCCUUUGGUGCUUGCAACUUAAAUCAGGAAGAUUUAAGAAAAGAAAUGGAGCAGCUUGUACUUGACAAAAAGGAAGAGGAGACAGCUGUAUUGGACGAGGAUUCUGCUGAUUGGGAAAAGGAGCUACAACAAGAGCUUCAGGAGUAUGAAGUGGUGGCAGAGUCUGAGAAGCGGGAUGAAAGCUGGGAUAAAGAAAUUGAGAAGAUGCUCGAAGAGGAAAAUUAGAUAUCUCUGGAAAUAAAAGAGUCUUAAACAUUGUGCAAACUUACAUUAAAUUCUAAAUGUUGGCAUUCACCGAA